AUGGGAGCUGAAAAUUUCACCUCUGUUAAAGAAUUCAUGUUGCUGGGACUCACAAGUCAUCGAGGGACCCAGCUUCUGCUCUUUGGGGUGCUCCUCCUCAUCUACCUGCUUAUCCUUUUUGGCAACCUGCUGAUCAUCACUUUGGUGCGGGCCGAUUCCCAGCUACAUACACCCAUGUACUUUUUUCUCAGCAAUCUUGCGGCGAUGGAGAUUGGGCUGGUUACCAGCACGCUGCCUCAGAUGUUGGCUCAUCUGGUUACCGGGAAUGGAGUUCUCUCCAUAACGCGUUGCAUGCUGCAAGGUUAUAUUGCAUUGAACAUAGGCAGUGCUGAAAGUUUGCUGUUGGGCGUCAUGGCCUAUGACCGUUACUUGGCCAUCUGCUCUCCCUUGUUGUAUGCUACAGCCAUGAGCAAGCUCCACCAGGUCCUGCUUGUCAGCACAUGCUGGAUCAUUGGCUUUGCAUUUUCCAUGAUUUAUGUCGUCAGUACUUUUCGUCAUUCUUUCUGUGGUCCUAACCUCAUUAACCACUUCAUGUGUGAGCUGCCUAUUGUGCUGAAGCUUGCAUGUGGUGACAUAAAAAUGACCAAAGCCAUUGUCUCUGGUCUAUCAGCAUUCAUGGUUUUCAUCCCCCUUUCAAUUAUCUUGUCUUCCUAUGGAUUCAUUCUGCAUUCUAUAUUGCACAUGCAGUCAACUGCAGGAAGGAGUAAGGCCUUCUCCACUUGUGGGUCCCAUCUUACCGUAGUCAUCUUGUUCUAUGGCACUGUUAUUUCUAUGUACAUUAUCCCCCACCCAGACUCAGGUCCUGCUCACAAUAAGGAAAUGACCGUCUGUUACCUAGUAGUUACUCCCCUGCUUAACCCCGUCAUAUAUACCUUGAGGAAUAGGGAGAUUCAUUCCGCAGUGAUCAAGAGGGCAAGAAGAUGGUGCUUAGACUGA